AGAGAGAGAGAGAGAGAGAGAGAGAGAGAGAGAGAGAGAGAGAGAGAGAGAGAGAGAGAGAGAGAGAGAGUUAAAGAGAGUUUUAGAGAGUGUUUGUUUUCUUAGUGUGGUGAGCUAGUAGUGUAAUUAAGAUCAGAAUGAAAAUCUCCACAUCUUUAGGGACUGUUUUGGUUUCCGUUAUCUUCUAUCUAUCCUCUGCUUCACCAUUUGUCAUCUGUUCAUCUCUUGACGUCACCAUUGAUAACCAUUCACCAAGCCAUCGCAAGAACAACGGAUCCCUGUUGAGUAAUCAAAUGAUUACCAGCAUAAAGCUUCAUGGCAUUCUCUUAUGGGCUUCAAUGGGAUUUCUUAUGCCAAUGGGGAUUCUCUUCAUUAGAAUGGCCAAUAAAGCUAAUGAAAAUGGAAGAAAUGUAAAAGUGUUCUUCUACCUUCAUGUCAUUUUCCAGAUACUAGCAGUGGUUUUGGCAACAAUAGGAGCUAUAAUGUCUUUAAGAACAUUGGAGAACUCCUUUAACAACAACCAUCAAAGACUUGGCCUGGCUCUUUAUGUUGCCAUGUGGCUCCAAUUCUUGACCGGUAUCUUCAGGCCCUCUAGAGGGAGCAAAAGGAGGUUGAAAUGGUUUUUAUUGCAUUGGAUUCUUGGAACAAUAGUGUCAGUAGUUGGCAUAAUAAACGUAUACACAGGCAUAAGAGCUUACCAAAAGAAGACAUCUUCAAGUAGAGACUCAAGUAUUUGGACAAUCUUGUUCACAGCUCAACUCUCUUGUCUUGUUCUCUUCUAUCUAAUUCAAGACAAAUUGGAACAUUUUCAAAAGCAAAGAGUGGUUAUUGAUGAAUUGGAUCAUCAUCAAAAUACUGACACGAAUGGAAGAAGUAAUGACCAAACUAUUCAAGUGGUAACAAGAAAUGAUCAAGAACAAAAGGUCAUGGUUCCUCAGCCUUGUCGCAAGAGUAAUGCACUUGUGAAUCUGUUUAAACUGAUUUGAUUGGUCAAGAUCAACUAUAUAAGGAUUUGAUUUUUUUUUUUGGAUGUGAUCCUCAGUAUCAUAUUUUAUUUUAAAUAUUUUUAUGACAUAUACUAUUGGAUUUGCUUCCGUUUGUAUGUUUUUUUUCUUGAGAAUUUUGUAAGUAUAGUCUUUGUUUU